GUGCGCGCGUGCUGUUUUCACUGGACCAUGUUCAAACUCGGAGAAAGAAAGAGAGAGUGAGCGAGAAGAGCGCAUUACGCCAUCCUUCCCUCUUGGAAAAGUGGGAUUUCAUACAAGUCUCACACAAGAUAUCAAGCAGAACCGCUGGACUUCACCGAGAGACACUGCGCGUUUGUACCUACUCCUGGAUCUCGACUCUGACAGAGAGCUGGAUCACUAUGGUUCUGAAGAGGGGGGCUCAUGGCAAUGAUUUGCGCAGAAUAAUCGCUCAGACAUUUCCAAAGCUUCAUUUUUACCUCUUCAGUCCCGUUCAUGGUAGAGUCGUUGGGCAAUUUUCCAUCACCGAAACUCAGAGGAAGAUCAGAGGAUGAAAGUUCUGACUAGUCUCCCUCUUUUAUUGGGUUUCUGGAUUCUGUUAUUCCUGGACUUCAUCCCGCAGGCGCUCUCCAUCGCCGGAGUGGCCGGUAACAGGGGCACCGGGGCGGCCAAAUCCAAUACACGGUUACCGGUGGCGCGCAACGGGAGCACGCUAGUUAAGUCCUCAGACAACGCGAAGAUCUCUCGCAUCCGGGCUGGUCCACCUCUGAUAAAGGCCGAGGGUAACCCGGGUCGCGCUGCGGUCUCUGUGAGUCUAGGGCGCAGGGAGGCCGCGCGCUCUUGGGUACCCAAGGAUGAGGCGAGGGUCGCAUCCUCUUCCAGCAUCCAACACCAAGCGGGACACAAUAAAGGAGUUUCUGCGCACAAAUCAGUCGCGCAGGCUGCGAUUAGGGCUGGACAGACCAAUGCUGGCGUGAAGAAAAGCAUCGCACCGGCACCUGCGCAUCUGAGAGCGAAAAACACCAGCGUGGAACCCAAACACCCUUUAGUGACGCCCCAUGACUACAUGCUGUCGCUGUACUGGUCCCUGACCAGCGGAGAGGUCAACACUAGCGUCCUGCACGAGGCUGGGAUGGCCAAUACUAUCACCAGCUUUGUAGAUAGAGGACAAGAUGACCGUGCAGCCCUCCUGAGGCGUCAGCGGUACCUGUUCAAUAUCAGCUCAAUGGAGAAGGAUGGUCUGUUGGGUGCAGAGCUGCGCAUCCUCCGAAAAAAGCACAUGGAUUUUCGUAAGGCCACGUUUACUGAGGGCAUAGCAACUUUAAAAAUGUACACCUGUGCCUCAGGUAAGCACAGACCUGUCCUGCUGCAUACUCAACCUAUCGACCCUCGUAGUGCCCUGUACUGGGAAGUGUUUGACAUCUGGAAACUGUUCAAGAACUUUAGAAACACUCCACAGCUUUGCUUUGAGCUGGAGGCAGUCGAUCAAGGCCGACUGCUUGAUUUGCGAUUACUCGGCCUGAGUCGGACAGGAAGGCAAUCCAAGGAAAAAGCCUUCUUUGUGGUGUUUGGGCGUACGAAAAAUCAAGGGCUCUUUUACAAUGAAAUCAAAGCCCGUUCUGGUCACGACAACAAGACCGUCUACGAGUACCUCUUUACCCAGCGGAGGAUGCGUCGGGCACCGCUGCCACGUGGGAAAAAACCAUCCAAGAAUCCCAUACCAAGGUGCAACCGCAAGCAGUUGCACGUCAACUUCAAGGAAAUGGGCUGGGACGACUGGAUCAUCGCCCCUCUGGAGUACGAGGCCUUCCACUGCGACGGCGUCUGUGACUUUCCCAUCCGCUCCCAUUUGGAGCCUACCAAUCACGCCAUCAUCCAGACUCUCAUGAACUCCAUGGAUCCCAGAUCCACCCCACCGACCUGCUGCGUCCCGACCAGACUCAGCCCCAUCAGUAUUCUGUACAUUGACUCGGCUAAUAACGUGGUGUACAAGCAGUACGAGGACAUGGUGGUGGAGAGCUGUGGGUGCAGGUAGCAAGAUAUUCUGAAGACUUUUAAAAAGCAACCGGAAUGGAAACCUUUUAAAUCUUUAUGACUUCAAGACUUUCUUUAUGAUGAGUUAUUCAGCCAAAAAUCAAGAGUAUGAUUUCCGUAUUGUUGUUCAAUUUGCUAUAACCUUUAGCCUAUACACUUGCAUUCAGAAUGGACCAGGGUUGUGCACCAUUCAGAAUUCAGAAUCUUUUAAAUUCCAGUUUAACUCUUGCAUUUGAAUUGAGGUAGCAAACAGAACAGUGGUGGCUUAAUAAAGAAUUCUAAUAAUCUUUGCUAAUAUUCUUGAAUCUCCAAACUGCUAACACUUUGCACUUUGCAGUUAUUAUUAUUUUUUUUUACAGCAAAUUAUGUCUUUACCGUAUCACCAUAAAUGAGUGGGUGUUGGGGGUGGGUCGCAAUUAAAGUAUGCAAUUAAUUGGUAAAAAAAUCAUAAUAAAUUUAGUAUUCUUAUGCUUGGCUUCCCAGAUAGCAACAGAGUCUGGACCGAAUCUGGCUUAAAUACGAUUAUGUACGAUUGAUUCUGACAAUUAAAACAAAAUUGGGCUUGUGUAUUUAUGACAUCACUUACCAAGUAACUUCUAAUUUUAUUUGUGUGUUGUAUCUUUAGUAGCUACAGCAAAACUACAGCGCUUCCAGUAGGCUAUUUUACUGGAAACUCCAAUGGCAUGCAAUCAGCUGACAAACACCCUAUUUAUUUAUAAAACUAUAUGUUAUAUGUUAUAUGUUAUAUGUUAUAAAACUAUAGGCUAUAUGUUAUUAAGUGUAUAUAAAAAUGUAUUUUAUUUACAAGUUUUAUGUUUGUGUUUUUACCAUUUUAUUUGUUGUAUCUGUUGCACCUCAAAAUUACUUCAUCUACACUACUAGUAGUAUUUUUUUCAAAGUGAAUACCCCCCACCCCUCACUUUUUGAGCUCUGGUGCCAACCCUGAUUAAAAGCCUUGAUGUUGACAAAUUCAAUAUUCUAGUAACCUUUUUUUAAAAAAUGUUUCUUAACAACCACUGUAAUCAUUGUGUCCUGUUUUACAGAUUUAUAUAUAUAUAUAUAUAUAUAUAUAUGUAUGUAAAAAAUUUUUUACAGUAGAUUCACCACAUUUAUGAACUGAAAUUAAACACAUUCUUCCAUUCUGAAUUUUGCACAACCCUGUCAUGUAUAGAUUAUUAACAUGUAGAUAUUAACAGCAGGAGGUUCACAUAAAGGAUUCAGAACAAGAAAACACUUUUGCUGUAACAUCUGUAAUUGUUUGUUUACACAAACCUGUGUCAAUGUGCCAAUUAAACGCCUCAGAUUCUUGAGUCAAAACUAGCUGAGGCUUUUUCUACUAAUACAUUUAGUUGGUAAGCAUGGCUCAGUUUGCCCCUGCUGGUAGAUGUCAUAACUACACCAUCUGGCUGCUAAACACAUCUUUCUACAUUCAAUACAGUCAAUAAGUAGCCUUUAUCAUUAGAGUAUUCUGCUGGAAUUGAUUUAAUUGCAAGCAACAAAUAAAUAAUUAUAUUAGAGUGGAUGUUUUUGCCAGUGUCAGAUUAGUCACUAGCGCUGAAACUAUAUCUUCAGAUUUGUGAAUCUUGCUGGUGAAAAUACACCACUACUCACCAGUGUUGAUGUUUUUGUCCUCACAUUACUAGCUGCUCAACAGAAGCACAUUAUGCUUUAUAUCAGAAUGUGUUAAAGUGUUGAAAUUUCAGUAAAUGUCUAGUCGCUAUAAUAAUUUUUUUUUUUUAAUUGAGCAAAAUUUCAUGUAGUUCAACGCUAAGUAAAUGGUAUUUUUUAUCUUUGUUUUACAAAAGAAACAUGUUGCUAUUGCUUUUAAAGUGCUUUAACUGAAGGGAUAAUAGAUGUAAGGGAUAAUAGGAUAAUAAUUGUGUUUUUAUAGUUGUUUUUUGAUGAUCCAGUCAAAGUUACUUUCCAAAGUAACGGCAUGUAACGCAUAUUGUGACGUUAACCAUUUUGUACGAAUAUAGAAAGGUAUAUAUAUUUACAUUUAAACAUGGCAUUUAAAGGGAGAGAAUUUAUUUCAGCAACCAUACAACAGUUUAGUUUUGUCUGCACUUUCAUUUUUUUUUUUUUUAUAUAAAUGGAAACUUUGAACAAGUUGAAUUUACAAUGUUAACUGAUGGAAGCAGAUAUUCAUAAUAAACCAAAUGUGAAAGA